AAAGAAAGACAAGAUGGUUAUGGCUGGACUACUUUUGAUCAUAGAUCUGCUGAAUCAGAGCUGACCAGAGGUUAAGACCAAUGACAACCCAACACUGGUUUAUAACAAUACAAACUAUAAAUGGAGUGUCUCAAUAUUCAACUUGAAUGUACCUCAAUGCAAUAGUUAACCCCUUAUUAUAACUCAAAUGAGCUCCACACUUUGCAAGUUUUCAAUUACAUCUGGAAAAGCAAGCCCACCUUUGCUUUUAAAUAAUUCUAUUUAUUACUCUAAGUGGGAAAUGAACAAGCAGACAAAGAAGCAUCUAUUUGGUUGCUAAAUCUAAUAGAAACAACAGUCAAAUCUACUGUCUAAAGAAAAGGAAGAACACACUGGACAAUAGAUAUAAAAUAAUUAGGAUGGCCAUGGAUGGAAAGCCUCUGAUCAAAGGUCUGUGCUACCAAGGCCUAAGCAACAACAUAAAGACUGGAUGACCAUGUUAAGAAACUUGUGAUCAGAACAAAUCAAAAGGCACAUUAGACUGGGUUUGAACCAAUGGCAUAUUUUCUAUGUAUUUGAUCAGAAAUGCUUUCCUGCUCCAAGAAAGCAUGUAAAUGUAGGCUACUCAACAACUACAGGAACAACAACAUUAAAAUACUAACAACAGCUGUAACAGUACUAGAAUACUGGAAUCUAACCAGCACACAUUCCAGACUAAUAGCAUACUAAUUAGAGAAAAUAAGCAAAAAGUAAAUAAAUCGACAAAAAACACUACUAAUGACUCAACAAAUGAUUGGAAAAACAAAAUUAGAAGUGAUUAGUAGACCACAGCAACAAAAACUCUAUUUGUUUUUACAGUAUGGAAUGAGGAGCACUGACGUUAAUAUAACUGUUUAACAUUUACAGUUGGUCUUCUACAUUUGUGUAGUUGUUAAAAGUCGGUACUAGUAGAAUCCAUCACCUCUGUAAAAUACUAACCACAGUACAGCUUUCCGUGAUAAAUUGUUUUAGUCUGACCAAUGUUCUUCUAACCCUGACCAUCUCAUUUUCUGCCCUAUUAUAUCUGGGAUUCAGUUACCAAGUAUUUUUCAACUAUUUUGAAGAGAAUAGGAUGAAGUUUGAAGGAGAUCUGGCAACUAUUUCUAGCAAGUCAAAUGACUGCACAAAAGCUUCCUCACUGCCCAUCUCUGUUACAUCCAGAAGUAGAAACUCUAGGUGAACAGUGGAGAGGGUACAACAUGCCUAGACUGCCACAUUGCACCACACACUGCCCUACAGAUCACAACCAGACAGAGCUAUGGUAUAUUCAAAGUAUUGGAUCACACCUAGAGGCUCAGCUGAUUAAGCCUGUUCAAUCUAUGUUGAUAUGGAACUACCAAAAAAAAAAUCAACAACUGUCUACAUUGUAAUUGUAUGUGAAAGAUAAUGGAGAGAAAUAAGGCAUAAUGUUUACACUUUUCCUGGUCAAGUCAAAAUGAAAUAAAAUGGAAUUACUGCCAAUAGGAAACAAAAGCAAGUUCUUGACAUAAAUGGACCGAGAACUGACCUCUGGUCACCCUAAAACUGUUGGCAUCAAAUGUGAAGUAUAUGAUUCUGAGGAGAGUAAAGAGCUGAAAAGCGGAGAAAUACUGAAGACUGACAGAGACCCUUCAAUACACUGAGAAAUCUUGCAGAUGACAGACUAUUAAGAGAAGAAUAUUGGCAUAGAACAUAGCAGAACAUCCAUGAAAGAUAAUCUACUGCAAACUACAGACCACUUUCUCAGAUGAGAAAGAAAUCCAGCCAGGAAAUAACAAUAUGAAAGUAGAGUGGGAUGGAGGUGAUAUACUAUAGUCCAAAGGCGGUGACCAUGCUGGAGCACCCCCAGUAAUUCUGCAAUACCCGGAGAUGCACAAUCUCCAACUUGUCCUCACAGCAAUGACACCAAUUCAUUUUGUUUUUCAACAUACAUGGACAAUAACACAGAGAAUCAUAACAGAACCAAAGAGAACAACAAGGAGAAUAUUUCAGCAAAAACAAAUCCUGAGGUUUUCAAAUAUAAUAUUGACUUCGAUGAGUAUUUAAGAGGGGUUCCAGAAAAUGAGUACACUAAUUAUUUUGAAGGAUUUAAUGAAAUCAGAAGACUUGACCACAUUUUGUUUGAGAAGAUCAUAAAGGAGAAAGAAGUUAAGAUGCAGAGUGCUCUUUUACAAAAACAGUUACGUGAAGAGUUGGAAAAGAUAAAGAAAACUGGAAGAAUAGAAAUGAGGGAUGAAAAAGCCAACACCGAAAAGUUCUUUGCCCUGACCUACACACCAAAGCAUCGUAGUGGCAAGAAAGAUGACACUACAGACAGUAUUUUUGCAUAUUCACCUUUCUUCAAAACUUGGCUACUAAAACCAGAAGAUGAUACUGAAAGUGAUUCUUCUCGAUCAAUAUCAACUAUGGUGAAUGAAUAUACUGAAAAGAAAACUCGGGCUCUCACAUUUGAUGAUGAACACCAUUUUCUUGAAGACUUCAAGGACGAUAGUGAGAGUGUCAAAGACAAAAUUCUCCAAAGUGAACUAUCCUCUGCUGAUAUUGUUAAGGAUACAAAUUCAGUCAAAGACAUUGUUAAUGAAAUUUCAAAUGAAGGCCUCAAAGAUGAAACCACUGACAAAAAGUCUUUGAAUCAAGAAGUUAGUGAUAUGAUAUCAGACCCAGUGUCAUCCUAUGAUUUGAAGUUAGUUCAGGUUACCAGUAAUAAUUCCCUGAGCUCAACACCGACUAAUGUGAAUCCUGACCAAAUGAGACUCAGUGUUGUAGGCUCAAACCAAAAUAUCAGCUGUGAGCCUCUAACUCAGGUACCCAGUGAUGUGGUCUUAGACCAAUUGGUGCUCAGCAACACAAGCUCAAGCCAAAAUAUUAAUAACAAGUCUCUCAAUCAGUUACCUUAUGGCCAAGUGGUGCUCACUGGUACAGGCUCAAGCCAAAAUAUCAAUAUUGAAUUUCCAAAUAAGGUCCCCAUUGAUGUGGUCUCAGACCAAGUGGUGCUCAGUAAUAAAGGCUCAAGCCAAAGUAUCAGUUUUGAGUCUCCACAUCAAGCGCCCAGUGAUUCAGUGUUGGACCAAGUGGGACUCAGUAAUACAUACUCAAACCAAAAUAUCAGUAGUGAGUCUCCAGCUGAAGCACCUAGUGGUAUGGACUCAGAUCAAGUGGGGCUCAUUAGUGAAGGUUUGAACCAGUAUAACAACAAUAAAUCACUCAAUCAAUCACCCAGUGAACUAGUAGGCUUCAGUGGGACAGACUUAAGUCAGGAAUUGAAUGAAGUAGUCUCAAGUGAAAUACGACUGUCAUUUAGUAAUGAAUCACUCCAAUUAGAACUCAGUGAAAUGCCACCUAGUCCGGUGCAAAUCAAGGAGGCGACCUCAAGUCAGGAUGAAGAACAUACUCAGAUGAAGAAGAAAACCAAAAAGAACUUCAUUAAAAGAAACAUCCAGUUGGCUAAAGAUGCUGACAGUGCAGUUUCUAUGACACCUGAAGAGAAAAACAGAAUUGAGGAUUUGCUCCAAGACUUGGAUACAUUGUAUGAAACUCCUAAAGAAUUACAGAUUUCUGAUUUGGCAACUAAGGAUUCCUUAUUGUCUCAAAGAGAAGAUGGAUUCUUGAGCAGCCAGGAAGAUAGAACCAGUCUUGCUGAAAUAGAUUACAAACUGAGAUAUUUGAUGACACCAUCAGAAUUCGAAAUGAUUGCUUUGAAACAUCGAUCACCAACUCCCACUCAGCGAUUAUUUAGCACUGUCUCACCACCAUGUGAUACUUUUGCACUGAAACAAUUUGGUGAGAAAAUUUUACUGGAUACAAAAGAAGAAAGAAAUAUGAAAGAAAGGUUGACGAAAAUUGAUGAACAAUUGUAUGACAUCAACACUAGAAAUAUCGACUAUUCUGAAGGGAAUUCUACUCUUGAGCCUGAUGUUUUACAAGAUCUGUUGGAAUCAUGUGCUGUGUCUUUAACUGAAUCUGCUGCCAAUUCAUUAUGUACAACUGCCCGAUCAACUAACUCUUCUCUUGAUGAAGAUUUAAUGCGACUAAGCAACUUAAGUCGGCAAAGCCCUUCUGAUGUCUUAUCCUCCAUUAUGAAGUCUCCUCCCUGCCUUGCUGAUGAUGUGUUGCAAAAGUUAUUGAUGGAAGCAGCUCCAAUGAAGUAUAAACCCUUGUCUCCAAUAUCAGAUAGGUCUAACACCCCUGACCAUAGCAUCUUCAGAAGAAGUUGUUCAAAUCUCAGCUCAUGCACACUGUCCAGUUUCAACAGCCCCAGGAAAGAGUUCGCCAACUUAAACGUGUCUGCAAGUCAGUCUCCUUCGAAAGUCCAAGAUUAUUCAUUACCAGAACUUUCUUGUCGAGCUAGUCUGGUUGGUUACAAUGUUAGUUCACCUGAAUCCCCUCCAAUACAAUUGUGAAAGGACAACAUAUAUUUGAAUAUCAAAUAAACAACUGUUGAUUCUGAAUAAAACAAAUAUAAAAGGUUUAAGAUA